AUGGAGGAACCGCCUACAUGCCCCUCCGAAGAUCGGACAAGUCAAAUCAGCUUAUUAACUUCGGACGAUGCUCCUUGGUAUGUAUCGCUUGAUCAUGAGGAUGAAAUCGAAUAUGACAUCGCAGAGAACCAGCACACUUUGAAAUGCGGGACAUUAGUGGGCCUGGUAGAGCAACUGACCCGUCAUGAUAGACUGGACGCCUCAUUCAAUGAGACAUUCCUCACAACCUUUCAAACCUUUGUGUCUGCUUCUGAGCUCUUUGAAAUGCUAAUUAAGCGGUUUAAUAUCGAGCCCCCGGCUGAAUUGGACGAGUCCGAGCACGAGCGAUGGAAAAAACAAAAGCAGCAAACAAUUCGUCUACGAGUCGUCAACAUCUUGAAAAACUGGUUCGAACGGUUUUGGAUGGAGCCCAAUGAUGAAGAAACAAGGAACUUUCUACAGAAUGCGCAUGAUCUGAUCAGCGAUUCUCCCACCAUAAUGGCGAUGCCAUCUUCUCUUCAGUUGCUUGCGAUUGUGGAACAGCGAUUACAGGGGCAUGGUAGUAUUAAACGGCUCGUACGCACCCCAACUGCCUCUGCACCACUGCCAAUAAUACCAAGGAGCAUGAAGAAAUUGAAACUCUUGGACAUCGAUCCCGUGGAGUGCGCAAGACAGUUGACAAUUGUUGAAUCGGGUCUCUAUCGCCGGAUCAGACCUGCUGAAUGCUUAAAUAAGAGAUGGAAGAAGAAGAGUCCUGAAAAUCCAGAACCUGUGACGGGUGUGAAUGCUACGAUUCUCCAUUCAAAUAAGCUGGCGAACUGGGUAGGGGAAACCAUCCUCAACCAAACUACUGUGAAGAAGCGUGUGACAAUGAUCAAAUACUUUGUGAGCGUGGCUGAUCAAUGCCGUACUUUCAACAAUUAUGCCACCUUGAUGUCUAUCAUCUCGGGUCUGGGACAAACUCCAGUCUACCGGCUUCGUUCCACUUGGAGACAAGUCAGUAAGCAUGUAUUAGCUACUCUAGAAGAGUUGCGUCAGCUCUUGGAAAGCUCCAAAAACUUUGCCAAGUAUCGAGAAAUUUUGUGUGGCACUACUUCCCCGUGUGUUCCCUUUCUUGGGAUUUAUCUCUCCGAUCUAACUUUUAUCGAAGACGGAAUCCCCAACACCACCUCUUCAGGAAUGAUCAACUUUACCAAACGCCGGAAGACGGCAAAAGUUAUUCAGGAAAUCCAACAAUAUCAAACAGUUCCGUACGCUUUGCAACCAGUCCCAGAGCUGCAGGACUAUAUCAUAUGCAACAUCCAGGCGGCAAAAGACGUACAUGAGAUGUAUAACAGAAGUCUUGAAAUAGAGCCUACAGAGAACGGUGAAGAAGAUAUUCUUGGAAGCCCAGCUGUCAACCAUAUGAGCUCAGUGGUGAUUGCAAGCUUGAUACUGCGAUACUACAUUUCGAACCGCACCAAAGAGCAAAUGCAGAGGGAAUUGGAGUCCUUGAUGCAAGUCAACUGUGAAGAACACACGGCUCAUUUUCGAGAACGGCUACUCUCUUCGGUUCACAGCCAGCAGAAGGUUGCCAACUCGAGUCUAGACACUUUCCUGGAUUACAUUUCGGGUCCGACUGUACAGGGUCAGUUUAUUCGAGCACCAGAUCCGGCACUACGACCCGAAGCAUACGAUAGAGAUUGCAGACCGUCUUCCUGA